GCGUCGUUGAGCUGUGAAUGGACAUUAAUGGGGAAUGUAAUACACUUCUCUCAGUGACUGGUUUCUUCUGUCAUUUAAUCGCUGCAGCGGAAGAGUGGGUGUUGAUGAAUUGAUGACUGACAGAAGUGAUGUGAUAGCAGGUCUGCCAGGCAAGACAGAUCAGAGCAGACUGUCUGCUGCACAGUGAAUCACCUGGAUGCAACACGUUACAGCAUAGACAGAAUGGAUUUCCCCAAUUACACUGAAGGGGUGUUUGCCACAAGCAACGUUAGCAGGAAUGACUCACUGGAGACCACUGAACUUCCCCCUAGUGAAAUCCUGCUUACUAUAACUCUGUCUGUGCUGGCCAUCCUCACCACAUUUUUCAACUGCCUGGUGAUAACAGCUAUUGCAGUCACUCGCAAGUUGCACCACCCAGCGAACUACCUCAUCUGCUCAUUAGCAGUGACCGACUUACUGGUGGCUGUGCUGGUCAUGCCCUUCAGUAUCAUCUACAUCCAGAAGAAGAGCUGGGUCAUGGGUCAGGUGGUGUGUACCUUCUGGUUAAGUGUGGAUGUCACCUGUUGCACAUGCUCCAUUCUGCAUCUUGCUGCAAUCGCCAUUGACCGUUACCGGGCUAUCACAGACGCAGUGGAGUACUCUCGCAAACGUACAGGAGCCAGAGCUGGUGCAAUGGUGGCAGUGGUGUGGCUCCUGUCCAUCCUCAUCUCACUCCCUCCUCUACUGUGGCAACACUACAGUGGCAAUGAUGACCAUGAAAAUGAGUGCAUCAUCAUCCAUCCUCACAUGGCCUUCACCCUUUAUUCAACACUCGGAGCAUUUUAUAUUCCACUGCUGCUCAUCCUCAUCCUCUACUAUAAAAUCUACCUGGCCGCUCAGACCCUAUAUAUGCGGAGGGAGGCUAGCCGGGCUAGCCGUCACUCAUGCAUGACCAAUGGCAGCAUGAUCCCCUCUACCUAUCCUGCUGGAGAUGGUGAUGUCGAUGGUGGGCCUCGAAGUCCUGAGCCUGUAAGCCCACCGGAAAAGUCUUUCUCUGAACCCUCAACAGAGGAAACUCCACGUGAACGGGUCCGUGUGUCUGUAAAGGCCUUUAAGUGCAAGUCACGACGGCACGAGUCACGCAGUGAAUCACGUCGUAGUCAGUUAUACCAAGGACCUCGAAUCUCGGGCUCACGAGAGCGCAAAGCGGCAUCCACGUUGGGGUUGAUAAUAGGGGCCUUUGUCGUCUGUUGGUUGCCGUUUUUUGUCAAGGAAUUGAUUGUCAACACCUGCGGUUCUUGCAGUACUUCAGGGGAAAUGGCUGACUUCCUGACAUGGUUGGGCUACCUUAAUUCUUUGAUCAACCCCCUGAUCUACACCAUCUUCAAUGAAGACUUCAAAAAAGCCUUCCAAAAACUUGUGAGGUGCAGUCAUUACCUCUGA